UCGAGAGAGAGUGAUUCAACGGCCGAUGUCAGGCAGUACGGACCUGCGCCCGACCAUCACGCAACGUCAAAUAGAGUUCGAUUUUCAAACAACUGUCAAUUUGAAUAGUUCCUUUCUGUAAGCCUCAAUAUUUCCCGCGUUCGUUUUUUUUUUUUCGUGAAUUAGACUGGCUGUGUUUUUUUUUUCUUAAUCAUUGUGAGUGUGCCCGUUUCUAAAAGUAAAAGGAGGUGAAGCAUUCGUUAUUUCGGUGGAAAAUGUGUCAAUAAAUUACGGCAACGUCUUCGCGAAGUCAACGAACAGAGAUGGCGGUCCGAGAAGCAGCAGUUAUCGUAGAGUGUGCCAACAAGUCAUAUGGACAACAGAACGUGCUCAAAGACCUAGACUUGACCGUCGAAAAGGGCACUAUAUAUGGGCUGCUUGGUCCGUCGGGCUGUGGGAAAACGACGUUGCUCUCCUGCAUAGUCGGAAGACGGAGCCUUGAUAAUGGCAAUGUCUGGGUGCUUGGUGGGAAGCCAGGAGAGAAGGGCAGCGGUGUGCCUGGCCCCAGAGUGGGAUAUAUGCCGCAGGACAUAGCUUUAGUUGGAGAGUUCACGGUCAGAGAUGCUGUAUACUACUUCGGUCGCAUAUACGGCAUGGAGCAUAAGAAGAUGACGGAGCGCUUUGAGUUCCUCAGCUCGUUACUGGACCUGCCCAGUGGGAAUCGACUCAUUAAAAAUUGCUCCGGAGGGCAGCAACGAAGAGUCUCGUUGGCAGCUGCUUUAGUCCACGACCCAGAGCUGUUAAUCUUAGACGAACCGACGGUUGGAUUGGACCCUGUAUUGAGGGAGCAAAUCUGGAAGUUCCUGACUGAUGUCGCACAGCAGGGGACCACGGUUAUCAUCACAACGCACUAUAUCGAUGAAACAAAACAAGCGCACAAGAUAGGCUUACUGCGAGAUGGACAGUUGCUGGCGGAAGAUUCUCCAGAUGAAAUUCUGAGAAAGUUCGAGUGCAAUACCCUCGAGGAGGCCUUUCUUAAGCUGGCCUUAGCUCAAUAUGAAAUUCCACAACGAAGACCCCCACCGACAGUGUCUCCGGACGUGAUCCCGGAAAGCAGACAGAUCGAGAGCGUGUACGAGUCAAGGGAAACCUUCAAUGCCGUGAACGGGAGCACUGAUGUUUUAACAAAGAAAGAAAAGUCGAUAAGGAGCAGAAAUUUGUCAAGGUCCAGAUACAAAGCCGUAUUUAUUAAGUGCAUACAACAAUUCUGUAGACAUCCUGGGGGCCUAAUAUUCUCUAUACUGUUUCCUAUAAUCCAAGUGGUCGCGUUCUUCCUGGCGGUGGGACACGACCCGAGGGACCUCCAGACCGCAGUCGUCAAUGAAGAGGCGGCCUUCUCGCCGUUUGGCUUAGAUAUAUGUAGGAGAAGUGACUUACAAACGACAAAGUUGUUAAAGGACGGCACAUGUGAGCUGUACAUGCUGAGCUGCUGGUUCCUAGAAGAAAUGGAGAACAAGGAAUUGGUUCAGACGGUGUAUAACAGUACUGAGGAGGCGAAAAGCGCCGUGGCUACUGGCAAGCUCUACGCCGCCCUCCACUUCGCUCAGAACUUCAGCGAGGCGCUCGGACUGCGGGUCGCUGAAGGAGAAGUCGCGGACCGCACGCUCGCCGAGAGCAACAUCAGAGUCUGGCUCGACAUGACCAAUCACCAAAUAUCAUAUUUCAUAAAGCAGCAGCUACACAAAGCUUACGAGAGCUUCACAAAGCGCGUGAUGAGAGCUUGCGACAGACCCGAAAACAUCAUACAGAUUCCGGUCAACUUCCACGAUCCGAUCUACGGUAAGAAGGAGCCGGAAAUGGUUGGAUACAUGGCUCCCGGCAUCUUGAUCACGAUAAUAUUCUUCCUGCCGAGCGUGGUGACGUCGACGCUGAUGAUCGGCGACCGGCUGGAGGGCGUGUGGGAGCGCAGCGCCGUGGCGGGCGUGCGGCCGCGCGAGAUGCUCAACGUGCACAUCGUUCUGCAGUCCGUCGUCAUAGUGGUGCAGACAAUCGAGAUGAUGGUUCUAGCGUUCGCUGGUUACGGUAUACCGUCUAGGGGUUCCAAUAUCACGUGCGGGAUCCUCCUGUUCCUCCAGGGUCUGUCGGGGAUGUGCUACGGGUUCCUUCUGUCGGUCUACUGCACCAGUCACACGAUGGCGUUCUUCGUUGCCACUGGAAGUUUCUAUCCUAUGAUACUACUCUGCGGAAUAUUAUGGCCCCUAGAAGGCAUGUCUGGGGGACUACGAUAUUUCGCGCUGGCCCUACCAUUUACGAUACCAUCGAAUUCCCUUCGAGAUAUGUUCGAGAAGGGAGCUUCUAUCACCGACUCUACGGUUUAUAACGGCUUUUUAGUCACAUUUCUGUGGAUAUUCAUCAAUUUAGGCUUAAUAUUGUUAAGAUUGAAAUAUAAGAAAACUUAACGUAGGUAAUUUUUGUUAACAAUAGAUAAUACAAAAUGGCUUUCAAAUUGAUACGACAUACUGCAAUAACUUGUUUAAUUGUAUUGAAUUUCACUUAUAAAAAUUUUAAUUAUGACCGCAAAUUAAAUGCAUUUUUGGUAAAAUAAAAACAUUUAUGUACAAUAAAAAUUAAGUUGAAUUUAAGUUUAGAAAGAUAUUCCAACGAUGUUUUGUCAUCACAAUUAGAUUUAAAGUGUGUUAUAUAAGAACUUUUCCGGGUCGCUGUAAAUAAUAGCUUAUUUUAGUAUAGUUUUUUAGCAAGAUCAUUCUGUUUAUAUUUGUACUUAUUUAUAGAAAAGAAUACAUUAUAGUAAUGUGUUUUUUUAUAAUAAAAACAGUGGUGAAGUACACUAAAAAAAAACUAUAACCUUGAUUGUAAAAUGCUGUUGUUAAAUUUUAGUUAAUUAUACAUUAAUUUUAAUAAACCAAAAUUAUUAUAAGGAAUGCCAGUUAAAUUUAUAUUGUUUUGUGAUGUGGGAAAAUAAUAAAUAAA